UUCAGCAAUUUUGAAUGAAAUAAAACAAGUAUACCAAAAAAUGACAGCAGAAAAUAUAGAAAAUAACCAGUGGAAGCGAUACAUGUAUCAACUACAGCGAGCGCUCAUACAGAGUCAAGAACUUGGUGAUGAGAAGCUACAAGUUGCCUCUACAUUAGUUGACUUGGUUGAAAAUCGAGCAAGACAAAUACAGGUGGAUAGAGAACACCUUGAAUGUUUGGAGAAGCCACCUAUUCCACCAGAACCUAGUAAACCAAAGAAAGAGCAUAAAAACCAUCACACAGUUGACAAGCCUCUUAAAAGAUCUCAGCGCCAGAAGGCAGCUCAGGAAGCAAAGAAAGAUGACAAUUCAGAUAUGAAACCUGCAAAAAAAAAGAAGAAAUCCAAACAGAAAGGUGACCGUGGGCCAUCACCCCAGUUUGAUGUGCCUGUCGACCCAGAUGAGCCUCGCUAUUGUCUCUGCAAUCAAGUUUCAUAUGGUGAAAUGGUUGGAUGCGACAAUAAAGACUGCCCAUUUGAAUGGUUUCACUUUGGUUGUGUUGGACUGAACACAAAGCCAAAAGGAAAAUGGUACUGUCCAAAGUGUGCUCCAGAAUUUAAGAAAAAAUAAUUUGGGGAAUGCCAUUAGAAAUUGUAUAUAGUUUUUGUUGUACUGUACAGAAUAUGUAAGUCGUUAGAGUACUCAGGCCAUGUAUGCCUUUCCAUGGCAGCAUGCUAUGUACUGUAUGGCUGCAAUAUACCCACACUAAUACGGCUGUCCUACAAUUACUAACACAGGAUAUUUACAUUUUUAAUAUACAGAUUUUUGUAAAUAAGUUUUACAUUAGAAAAUGUUUUAUUAAAAAUUUGGCAAAAAAAAA